CUCACAUGACAUCAGCCCGCUCAUUCUCUCUGGACAUAGUUGUGUACAGGUUUUGUCUUCACCUAGUAUUUAGUCUCCCACACACACACGUUUGGGUUAUUUUUCUAUUUAAUUGCAAUGCUAUUCUUUUGCAACUUCACUCUAAUUAUGUCUGAACUGGCUCACUGAACUAUUCAUACACAAAAUAGAGAGAAAUUGGCAAAUGGAAAAUUGGCAGCAGUCAGACCGUCCUUAUAUAGCAGUGCUGGAGAGUGUACCUGCACUGUGCCUUUGACUUCAAGAUGGACAGUAUUAUUCUUAAUCCUGUCCUGCCUGAUCACACAGCCAUGCUGGACGAAGCACAGUUGGAUAUACUGGGUCAGCGGUUGGGAAAGAAGUCCCGGUCGGUUUGGGAGAGGGUGAAGGCAGAAUGCUGGUGUUCUGGUCCCAGGCUGAAGAGCUGUAUGUUGUCAUCUGUUCCUGUCCUCUCCUGGCUGCCCCGCUACUCCCUCAGAGACAACGCCAUCAGAGACCUGAUUUCGGGCGUCAGUGUGGGUAUCAUGCACCUACCCGGAGGCCUGUCUAAUGCGUUGCUGGCCGGGGUGCCGCCCGUGUUUGGUCUCUACACCUCUUUCUAUCCGUUGGUCAUCUACUUCAUCUUUGGGACGUCCAGACACCUCUCAGUGGGUACUUUCGCCAUUCUUUCUAUCGUGAUUGGCACUGUGACGGAUAACGUGGAGUUGCUUAGUAACGGGGUCGAGGAGCGGGAGGGUGACAGAGAGAUGGCUCGAGUGUGUGUGGCAGUACAACUUACCUUCCUUUGUGGCCUUAUACAGAUAGUGUUGUUCUUGAUGAGAGGAGGGGAUGUGUGUCGCUGGCUGUCUCAGCCCCUGGUGAGCGGCUAUACCACGGCGGCGGCCCUUCAUAUCACCAUCUACCAGCUGCCUCUACUCUUUGGCAUCUCAACCAACAGACACAGCGGUUUCCUGGCUGUAGGCUGGACGCUGGUUGAUGUGCUGUCUAGAGUGACUAACGCAACGCCUGGGACGCUGGUUGUCUCCGCCGUCUCCAUGGUGAUCCUGGUGGGAGGAAAGAUGCUGAAUAGACUCUUCAAGACCAAGCUACCCAUGCCCAUUCCAUGGGAGCUGGUGCUGAUAACUCUGGCCACCUUCCUGUCAGUGCAGUUGGAGUUGUCAGGACAACAUAGUGUCCAGGUAGUAGGACACAUACCCACUGGCCUGUCUCCCCCAGCCCUCCCCUCUCUAGCCCAGGCCAAAGAGCUGUUUGGUCCUGCUCUGUCCCUGGCUGUGGUGGGCUUUGGCUUUACCUCCUCCAUGGGCAGAAUGUUUGCACACAAACAUGAUUAUGCCAUAGACAGCAACCAGGACCUGUUGGCGAUAGGACUCUGCAACACAAUUGGAGGGAUGUUCCACUGUUUUGCCGUCAGCGGUUCUUUGUCACGCAGUACGGUCCAAGAAAGUAUUGGGGUGAAAACCCAGGUGGCUGGCCUUCUCUCUGCUCUGAUGAUGCUCACCAUCUUGCUGAAGAUUGGACAUCUCUUUGAGCAGCUGCCAAUAGUACUCAAGUCAUUUAUAACACCUUCUACAAUCCCUUCUCUAACACUGAAAUCAGAUGUUUUGUCUGUGGUUGCGUUCAUUUGUUUGUUUUGGUGUUCAUAUGCUUCUGUUUCAUUCUCUGCCUUUGUGUUUGUAAGUGUUUAUACUUGUUGCUCUGUCUCUAUGUGUGUGUGUGUGUGUGUGUGUGUGUGUGUGUGUGUGUGUGUGUGUGUGUGUGUGUGUGUGUGUGUGUGUGUGUGUGUGUGUGUGUGUGUGUGUGUGUGUGUGUUACAGGCAGUGUUAGCAGUGGUCAUUGUGGUAAAUCUGCAAGGGAUUCUGGGUCAGUUUCGGGAAGUCCCAGUGCUCUGGGCAUCUGACCGUUUGGACCUGCUGGUGUGGGUGUUCACCCUGAUCUUCACCCUGAUUUUCAACCUGGAUCUUGGCCUGGCUGCUGCUCUGGCCUUCUCUCUGAUCACUGUCGUCUACAGGACUCAACUCUCCCACAGUGCAGUGCUGGGUCAUAUUCCUGGGACGGACUGCUACAGGGACCUACGUCUCUAUGCUGAGGCCAGGCCGAUCCCUGGAGUUUCUGUAUUCUCCUGCUCCAACCCUCUGUACUUUGCAAAUGCUGAGCUGUUCUUCAGCUCUCUCAGAAAGUCUGUGCAGCGUGUCCAACUGGAGAAUGCAGCCCUCAUUGAGAACCAGCCCUUACCUCAAAUGUCAGGCGCAAGGCACUGUCUGGUGCUAGAGUUUAGCUCAGUCAUCUUCAUGGACUCUAUGUCAAUCAAAGCACUAUGUAAGGUUGUGGAGGAAUUGAAGGAGCAGGGGGUCAGUGUGUUUCUGGCUGCUUGCCCAGACAGGCUGGUGAUCAAGCUGCAGGCCCAGGGCUUCGUCCCAAACACUCUGCCCAGGUCCUGCCUCUUCCCGUCAGUGCACCACGCUGUCCAACACUGCCAGAUAUCACCUCCCCUGGCUGACCACAACACAGAGCUGAGUGAGUGUUGAUGUGCAGCCUGCAGCUCAUGGAGGGGAUGGGAAAAUGCCACUGUGGAAUUCCUGCCUCAAUCAGAAUAUGCAGUAGACUGAACUCCCAGCUCAAGCUGGCGUCGGCGAUAGGACUAUGAAAAUGCUUUCCUUUGAGCUCCAUCGCUAACCUUUGUGGUUCAACGUCUUCUUUUGAGCUAUGAAAAGACAGCAGAGGGAUUGGAGCCAGCCGGAGUCCGUCCGUCUGUCUGUCUGCCUCUGUCGGUCUGUCUGUCUGCCUCUGUGUGCCUGUCUUCCAAUCUCUAAAACAUGUCCAGGUCUAACCCCCCCUGCUCCAUGAUUAGAGGUGUCUGUGUGGGUUUAAUGGUUGGGUGUCUCUCCUGCACCUCCUCUAAUGAGAGCAGACACUCAUAGGAAAUGGGUGAGCUCGGCUGAUGUCAAUCAAAUCAAAUUGUUUUAGUCACAUGCGCCAAAUACAACAGCUGUAGACCUUACAGUGAAAUGCUUGCUUACGAGCCCCUAACCAACAGUGCAGUUUCAGAAAAUACGAGAUAAAAGUAAAAAAUAAUUAAAGAGCAGCAGUAAAAAAUAACAAUAUAUACAGGGGGGUGCCGGUACAGAGUCAAUGUGCGGGGGCACCGGUUAGUUGAGGUAGUAUGUACAUGUAGGUAAAGUUAUUAAAGUGACUAUGCAUAGAUGACAACAGAGAGUGGCAGUGGUGGGGAGAGGCGGGGGGGGGACAAUGCAAAUAGUCUGGGUAGCCAUUUGACUAGAUUUUCAGGAGUCUUAUGUCUUAUGGCUUGGAGGUAGAAGCUGUUUAGAAGCCUCCUGGACCUAGACUUGGCGCUCCGUCACCGCUUGCCGUGUGGCAGCAGCCUUCAGAAUUGACUGUCAUUCGUUCUUUGUGUCAUCGUUUCAAUUUCUAUUGCAGGCCAACUGUACUACUGGCAUUGCCUGGGUGGGGUUGUGCUACACAGAAAUAAAUCAUGACUGACUGACUCGCACUCUUGUGACAAUGUAGUUCUGGAGGGCACAAAUUAAAUGUCAUUCAGGAGGGUACAUUUGGAUGCUUUUCUCAACCUCGGUCAGUGACAGGUUGUACAGGUUAGGACUUCAAUCCACAUGCUGAUAGCCCACUACGGUUCGGUUGUGAACUACGAGACCAUACUGCCAGGUCUUUCAUUCCGCUGUGUGUUUUAGAAGAAAUGGAAACAGAAGUCGUACCCUAUAAAAGCUUUCAUCGGAGCAAUAUGACAUCUUGGGUUCAAUUCUUUGUUGCACACAGAAUGGUUUAUUCUUUUUCAUUAUAACCGUACUGUAUCGUUGUGUUUCGCCAUGUCAAAUCUUUGUAAGCUUACUCUGUCUGCAGCUCCACUAAAACAUGAAGCUCUUGCAGUUUCCAUGGC